UUGGAUAGCCGGGCUCCUGGGCGCUGGAGCUGAGUUUCCGGGAGCGGCUCUUAGCAAGGCACCAGCCGGAAGUGCCUGUGUUGUGACGGAAGGAGGCGCUUUCGGGUAGCAGCAGAUUCCGAGGGAAGCGUCCCUGGCAAAGAUGAUUCAGGCGAUUCUGGUUUUCAACAACCACGGGAAGCCUCGGCUGGUUCGCUUCUACCAGCGUUUCCCAGAAGAAAUUCAACAGCAGAUUGUUCGAGAGACUUUCCAUCUUGUCCUAAAGCGGGAUGACAACAUCUGUAACUUCUUGGAGGGUGGAAGUUUGAUUGGUGGCGCUGACUACAAAUUGAUUUACCGGCACUAUGCUACCCUCUACUUUGUAUUUUGUGUGGAUUCAUCAGAGAGUGAACUUGGGAUCUUGGACCUCAUUCAGGUUUUUGUGGAGACUCUGGAUAAGUGUUUUGAAAAUGUUUGUGAAUUGGAUUUGAUCUUCCAUAUGGAUAAGGUGCACUAUAUCCUCCAGGAGGUGGUGAUGGGUGGGAUGGUGUUGGAAACAAACAUGAAUGAAAUUGUGGCUCAGAUUGAAGCUCAAAACAGGCUGGAGAAAUCAGAGGGUGGCCUUUCAGCAGCACCCGCACGGGCCGUGUCUGCUGUGAAGAACAUGAAUCUGCCUGAGAUCCCACGGAACAUCAACAUUGGCGAUAUCAACAUCAAAGUCCCCAAUCUGUCCCAGUUUGUCUGAGGGUGGAGGGUUGGAGACCUUAAGACAGACAAAGACAGUCAAGUCUGGAAACAAUCCAUUUUGAGCCUUAGAAGAGUCAAGCCUCAGGACCUUGAACCUUUCUGUCUGGGAAGACCAUCUGGCCUGGAAUGGGGAAGGGAUUCAGAUGCCACUGUGUGGAGCGCUUAGUUCUCGCACAUACAGUCAUGCCGCUGUAUACCUGGCACUGGUGAUGUGAGUAGGCAGUCAGUGUGGCCAGGCCACUUGCACAUUUACCUCCUGCACACAGCUGCUCCCAGGGACUGAGGACUGUGUGGAUCAAGCCCACCUGUGGCCCAGAAUCCCAUCACUAGAGCUGAGUACUUUCUCUGACUAAAAUUUUCUUCAGUACCACAGGCUUCUGAGGUCCUCUGGCAUUUACUUGUGGCAAGCCACCUAGGGAAGAGGAUCAGCCCUUCAGACCUUGGGAUGUGGCAAGUGGCAAAGUAAGGGAAGGGUAUAUAAGAACCGCAGACACCUGCAGGCUCUCCUAGGGUUACACCCAGAAUCCUUUUGUAUACCAAGCUGUCUGGUCAUCACCUCCUGUUAAAUACAUCCCCUGUGGCUUCAGUUCUGUUCUCACAGGUGUUUAUAUGCAGGACACAAUCUAAAUCAUAAGCCUGGCUCAUUUCACCAUACUUCUGCUGAUAAAGGAGGUACCUCACACCACAGAGAGAUCCUCCUCCCAGAGAAGAGGUCUUGUGACUGUUAGAGGUUAAAGCUGCCAAUGUGUGUGAAAUAUCCCAGGAUUAUGACUCUUCCCAAGUUUAAAACACAUUCCCUUCCUAAGAGCAGUUGCUGUGUUGUGAUAAUGAGUCCCCCGAUCAGUAGGAGACCCUAUGCCACCAGUGCCAGCCUCUAGAACAUGUGAUCUGGGGCCCCUUGCAGGGUCCAGACCAGGAACACACUGGUGAAGACUGGAGCAGUGCUGCAUCUUCUCCUUCCCUGAGCUUGACUUUGGACACUUCCAGUUCCCUCAGGUGACAGUCUCCCAGGGCUUUGGAGACCUGUAAAUGUUUACAUGCAAAGAGUCUUUCUUCCUGUGGAUAAUUUGAAUCUAAAACCGCUGCUCAUAGUAGGACCUCUUACUCCACAUUGUCCCACCACACUGUCCUGCCGGCCAGGUCUCAGGAAUGAUGAGAGCUGCCUUGAGAUUAGGAAGCUAACUGCACUUUGAUGGAAGUCUCCCAGCCUGGUGACCCAAACUGGUUCUUCAGGCCUCCUGAAGCUGUUGCAGAGCAGGCCUGAGAUGGUGCCUAGCAGGACUCUGUCAGGGCCGUAUCAUUUUUCUUUUCUUGAACAGUACUUCCCAUGGUUUGUGCCCAUUGUUCCUGGCAGCCUCCUGUCCUUACUCCUUCAGCACCACUGUGGUAACCUUAGUGAUAGGCAGUUGACCAGAAGGUAGGCCUCUUGUGGGAAAGGGGGAAGAAAGGGAGAAUCAAUCUGAUGACAAACCCCUCACACCACUCCCCUAAGAGAUUUGAAUUUUUUUUUUUUUAGCACAUUGAUAUCCCUUUCAUGUUUGCCAAGUGUGAAAUAGGAAUAAAAUAAGGCAACUGAUGCUGGGCAUGGUGCAAUAUGCCUGUAAUCCUAGCAGCUCUGGAGGCUUAGGCAGGAGGAUCACAAGUUCAAAACCAGCCUCAGCAACAGCAAGGCACUAAGCAACUCAGUGAGACCCUGAAAAAAAAGAAUACCAAAAAUAGGGCUAGGGAUGUGGCUCAGUGGCAGAGUGCCCCUAAGUUCAAUCCCUGGUACAAAAAAACAAAGGUAACUGAUUUACUCUGUACCUACCAUAAGGUAGAAUAAACAAGAUUCUUCAACAGUUCUUACGACAGACUUUCUUAUCCCCAUUUCGCAGAUGAAGAAAGUAGAUUCAGGUCCGGCAACCUGCUUUAAAGUUACAGGGGGCUAAGGUUUGACACCAUCUGCCUGCCUGACUAUGGAAGUCCUUUUUCCCCCCACACUGCUGAAAGUGGCUUCUCCCAAUUUUAUCAUCUUUAUAGAUAAGGAAGCUCAGUCUCAUAGGGAUUAAGCACCUUCUCACAAACUGAUAAAAACGGGCUUGGUUUUCUACCAGUGACCACAUCAUAAAUUAAACUAAGAGCUGAAAAGGGUCUCUGUCUCCCUCAGUUUAACUGUGUAAGCCCAGAAUGUUAAGUGUUGUGUUGAGGGUCACAAAGCUAGAAAAAAGUUACCAUUCUUGAGUUCAUUUGUUAGGUGGCUGAAUGCAUUACUGCAAGACAGUCAUGUGAACCGAAUUUCCUGGGAUAGUCUUGGUUUCAAAUGUUUUGCCUACCAGAAACAGUGGUUCCCAAAAAUCAUUGACUAGCCAUGUGGAUUAUAAAAGUAAGCAUCCGGGCAACCUCCCUCAUACCACCUCUUAAAAUUCAUAAAACUGAUUUUUUGCUUGGAAAAAAAAUCAAUCCAUCUGGACCAGUCACAAUACUACUGUUCAUUAACUACUUGAGGUUGCCUUUAAAUUCAACUAGCUUUUUUUCCCUGCUAUCAGCAAAGCCAUAAACAUCUUUUUUUUUUUUUUUCCCUUUUUUAGUAGUUAAAGAGAAAAUCUUCUUUGGCUUUUUUUUUUUUUCAAGGAAUAAAUUUUGCUGCUAAGAGAUGUCAGUUAUAAAAGUAGAGGCUAAGUUGGGUACAGUAGUGCAUAUCUACUGUUAUAACCUUAGCUACAUUGGAGGCUGAGGCAGAAAAAUCACAAGCUUGAGGCCAGCCUGAGCAACUUGGUUCUUAAAAUAAAACAAAUGUUUAAAAAAAAUUUUUUUUUAAAAGGACUAGGCAUGUAGCUCAGUAAUAGAGCAUUCCUGGGUUCAAUCCACAUUACCAAAAAAAAAAAAAAAUCUAGGUUUGGAUUUACUUUAGGAUGCCUUGGCCCUUGAUGAUUGGUUUAUAAUACUGGACUUUUAAUGCUCACUGACACUAAUUAAAAUCUGAAAUUCUUCCAUCAUACAGUUUCUAGUUGCCUAUUGAACUUAGUUCUAGGCUCUGAAGAUAGAGGGAAAUGAGGCCUUGCCUUCUUAGCUGCCUAUGAUUAUCUGAGAGUACAACUGGAGCUGUGGAGAAAUCAGUGAUUGUGAUAAUGUGGCGUAUUUAAAUGACUGUAUCCCAUUUCCUACCCUUGGCUGGGCCAUUUCAUCCUUGGCUGGCCACAUGCUGGCUGGGCCAUGCCCAGAACAGCCCAUCUUCUGGGUCUGGCCAUGGCCCUGUGAGUGCCACACCCAAGAUGUCUUGAGUUCUGGAAAGUUCUUGUUUAUUCAGGCCUUUGCCACUUGCAGAGCCAAUCCUCCCUGUAUACCACCUCCACCCCACAGAGCCAGCCCAGGGAAGUUCUCUCUAGCCCUGGCUUAAUUUGUGGGGGCAGGGAGUAGGCACAGGAAUGUGGCUAAAACCAGUUUGCUGGCUAAAUCUUAAUCCGUUGCCCAGUGUUUAGUGGGGAUUUCCUCAGUAUGGCAAUAUGUUCAUGGCUUUCAGAUAAGAUGCAGCAGUGAGUGGUACAUGAAAAUAAAGAGAGGAGUGGGCCUAGUCCAGGUUUAGCAAUAACCAAAGGAGAGAGCCAUGGAAAUAUGGGAGAGACCCAGAGGAGCAUAUUGGUUCUUAGCAAAUACCAUUUUCCACCUCCUGAGGGAAGCCAUCUCACUGUAGUGGCUGUAGGCCUCUGGUCUACCCACACUUGAACACCAGCACGUGGCCGGUGCUCACAGAUACUUGAAUAGCAGUCCUUAAGGUUCAGGCUAAAGGUUCUGUUUGGGCAGUGUUCCCACAGAAGCGGCAGAUGAGAAAAUGGGCCCCUCAAGGGAGAUAGUUGCAUGGAAAUGAUUAAUUCUUUCUGAUUUCAGUUUUUCCCUUUGUAAGGGGAAAUGACAUACAGUUCAAAUUUUAAGAACAGAUUGGUCAGCAAAAAGACUGAUCAACACUGUUACUCUACCACUUAGCCCCAUCUCUGGCCAAGUAUUUCCAAGUACAAAGAAACAAAGUCUCUGGAUCUUUAUUAACCAAAACUGAGGGCAUACCUUCUUGGAAGUUAUAUUCCAUCUGGCCCUGUUGGUUGACCUUAGUCAUGCCAGCCUCUUUGGGGAGGAGGGGCCUUACAGAUAACCUAGUGUAAAACAGUACCCCAAGUUAAACAUUACCUGUCACUACUCAGCCUUACCUUUUCCAGGGCACUCUGACAUGUUUGGUUUUAACUUAUUUUUUUCUGGGAUUAAGUUUGGGGGGUAGGGCAAAGUUUGUCUUUUUUGUCCUAGCUGCUCAAUAAAUAACUGUUGAAUGAGUGAA